AUGGUAGGGCUGCUCCUGGGCAGCCUGCUGUGUCUUGCCAGCACAGCAUUAGGCAAUAUCUUUGAAUAUGAAGUAGAUUUCCAGCCCUUACGCCCUUGUGAACUUCAGAGGGAACAAGCCUUCUUGGAGAAAGAGGACUACAUCCCUCAGUGCUUAGCAGAUGGCAGAUUCCGGAAUGUACAAUGUAGCAACGAUGGCCUUUCAUGCUGGUGUGUGGAUGCUGAAGGAAAAGAAGUACCGGGCAGUAAGCAGGCAGGACUGCCAGCCGCCUGUCUAUCUUUUUGCCAGCUCCAAAAACAGCAGAUCUUGGUAAGCAGCUACAUCAAUAGCACCACCACCUCCUACCUCCCUCAGUGUCAAGAUUCAGGAGAAUACGAGCUAGUGCAGUGUGAUCUGGGCAUGGUACAGUGCUGGUGUGUGGAUUAUGAAGGAAUGGAAGUAUAUGGGACCCGGCAGCGGGGAAAGCCAACAAGAUGUCCAAGGAGCUGUGAGAUUAGAAAUCGCCGCAUCCUUCAUGGCGUGGGAGGAAAGUCACCCUCUCAAUGUUCAUCUGAUGGAGAGUUUAUGCCAGUGCAGUGCAAAUUUGCCAACACUACAGAUAGGAUGGUUUUUGAUCUAGUUCAUAGCUAUAACAGGUUCCCAGAGGCAUUUUGGACAUUCAGUUCCUUCAGAAGCAGAUUCCCAGAAGUUUCUGGGUAUUGCCACUGUGCUGACAGUCAGGGACGGGAACUAGCAGAGACAGGAUUAGAGUUACUGCUGGAUGAAGUUUAUGACACCAUUUUUGCUGGUCUGGAUCCUGCUCCCACCUUUGAAGAAACCACCCUGUACCGGAUACUUCAGAGACGGUUUCUAGCAGUUCACUUAGUCACCUCUGGAAGAUUCCGAUGUCCAACAAAGUGUGAGGUUGAGAGGUUGGCAGCAGAUAGCUUUGGGCAUGCCUAUACUCCAUCCUGCAGGGACAAUGGAGACUAUCAGCCAGUACAGUGCCAACAGGGAGGACUGUGCUGGUGUGUGGAUGCCGAUGGGAAAGAAAUCUAUGGGACUCGACAGCAGGGGAAGUUACCAUCCUGUGAUGCAGAACGAUCCUGUGUCUCAGAGAGGCAGCAGGCUUUGUCCAAGCUCUUCUUUGGGCCUGGUGGACGCUUCAGCCAACGUAGUUUAUUCUUCGCCCCAGAAGAAAGACAAGAAUCUCAGAAAGUUGCCGGGUUUGGCAAAUCCUGCCCGCCUUCUUUCAAAGAGCUGUUUGUGGACUCCGGACUGUUGCUCCCUCUCACUGAAAGGGGAGAUGCUAAGCAGCUCUUCCCCUUGGAAACUGUCCUCAUCGAAGCCAUUAGGGCGAUAUUCCCCUCCAGGGACUUAGCUCUACUUGCCCUCCAGUUCACUACUGACCCAAAGCGACUCCAACAGAACCUUUUUGGAGGGAAAUUCUUGGAGAACAUAAGCCGAUUUAACUUAUCUGGAGCCAUUGGUGCCAAGAGCACAUUCAACUUUACCCAGUUUUUUCAGCAAAUUGGCCUAGAAGUAAUAGAGAACAAAGGAGAUUUAGUCGAACUGACCAAACAGCUAUUAGUUGGCCAAGAUUCUAUCCGUGAUGAAGAGGUUCCUGGAGAUUCAAAGAAAAGGUUGAAUCUGAAUCAAGCAAUUGUGGGCAGCUUUGGCCAGAAGAUUAAUUUACAGGAAAACCAAAACAGGCUAAAAUUUCUUGCCUCUGUUCUGGAGCUACCAGAGUUUCUUCUCUUCUUGAAGAGUGUGAUUUCAGUCCCAAAAAAUGUAGCCAGAAGUCUAGGUGAUGUAGUGAAACUGGCCCUCAACUCCCAGGCCUGUGAACAGCCAUCCAGUGAACUGUUUGUUCCCACGUGCACCGAAGAGGGGAGUUAUGACCAAGUUCAAUGCUUUGCUGGCGAGUGCUGGUGUGUGGAUCCCCAGGGCGGGGAGCUCCCACAUACAAGGAUUCGAGGCCAGCGUCCCAGGUGCCCCACUGAAUGUGAGAAAGAAAGGGGACGGGCACAAGUUUUAAUGAGAAGCCUGCCUGCAGGGGCAAGUCUUUCUGUCCCUUCCUGUUCAAGUGAUGGAAGUUUCCUGCCGGUGCAGUGUUCUGAUUCGGGUUGUUACUGUGUUAAUUCUGAGGGUCAAGCCAUUCCUAGAACUGAAACAGUGAAUGGAGAACCCAAGCAAUGCCCAACUACUUGUCAGUUGGCAGCUGAACAAAUGUUUUUACAGACCAUCCAGGCCAUUCUGGAUGAGCCUAGCCUGUUGCCCCAGCUCUCCGACAUCUAUAUCCCACAGUGUAAUUCCAAAGGCCAGUGGAAAAGAGUGCAAUGCAACGGGCCCCCUGAGCAAGCCUUCAAGUGGUACCAGCGGUGGAUCACCCAGAACAUUGGCGGCCAAGAACUGUCCCCAGCUGAGCUGAUCCAAAAGAUGGUGAGCUACAGAGAAACAUCUCAGACCUUUAGCAACUACAUUGAAAAACUGUACGAGGCUGGCCAGCAGAACAUCUUCCCGCUCCUCACUGGCUACUCUUCCUUCCAAGCUGUGCCAAUUGAAGUGUUGGAAGGCAAUGUGACAAUGUCCGGAGAUGACAUUCUUUUUGAUCCAUUUACAUUCUGGCAACUCCUGACUGGACAGCUCAGUUAUUAUCCUGGGCGCUACACUGAUUUCAGUGCCCCCUUGGGCCAUUUUGAACUUAGAGGUUGUUGGUGUGUUGAUGAGAAUGGGCAAGAACUGAAAGGAACACAAGUUAAACCCAACAAAGUCCCUGCAUGUCCUGGUGCAUGUGAGGAGGCGAGACUCCAAGUUGUUCAGUUCAUUGAAGAAGCGGAAGAGAUCAUCAGGGCUUCCAACAGCUCCCAGUUUGCAUUGGAAGAGAGUUUUCUGAUGGCUAAGGGAAUCCUGCUGAGCGAUGAAGAGCUCUCCCGUCCUGUCUCCUUCCCAUCUGGGGAGGCAUUCUCAAACAAGCUGUUCCGUGGGAUUGAUUACGCCCUUCAAAGAGCAGCACGGUCUACUUUUUCCUUCUAUCAGAGAAGCUACUCUGCCCUGGGAAACCCUGUGAAAGAAGCUACCCUCCUGGGAUAUCAGCCGUAUGUCCCACAGUGUGAUGGAUUGGGUAACUGGGAGCCUCUCCAGUGCUCUGAAAGUACUGGGCACUGCUGGUGUGUGGAUGAGAAGGGAAAGUAUGUUGUGGACUCCUUGGCUGCUCGUUCCACAAGAUUGCCACAGUGUCCCUCAGCAUGUGAGACAUCUCGGACCAAUGGGUUGCUUUCCAGCUGGGAACGAGGGGGUACUGAAGAUGAUGCUUCUCCAGGAGACCUAUUCACCCCAUCCUGUCUGGAGACAGGAGAAUACAACCAGCUCCAGGAAUCUGGCAGCAAUACCUGGUGUGUGAACCCUACUUCCGGGGAAGGCAUACGAUUUGGUCAACUCCCUUCUAAUAGCAGCGUCCAGUGCCCCAGCAUUUGUACCAUGUUAAUGGAAAAAGCCACCUUGAGGGAAGCUGGCAACGGAUACAUCCCCACUUGUGUAGAAAAGGAUGGGCGUUUCUCACCAGUGCAGUGUGACCAGGAUCAGGAGAGCUGCUGGUGUGUGCUCGAGAACGGUGAGGAGGUGCCAGGAACACGAGUCACUGGAGGCCCACCCUCAUGUGAAAGUCCUCAGUGUCCACUGCCCUUUAGAGCCUCUGGUGUAGUCCAUGGAGUAGUUCUUUGUGAGAAGGGGACAAACCAAGGACAGGCUGUUCAACAAUGCCAGAUUAUGUGUCGCCAGGGCUAUCACAUAGCUUUGCCUCAGGGUCCAUUUAUAUGCAAUGUAGAGAAUCAGCGCUGGAUUUCAGAGCCUCCUCUGCCCCAAGCUUGUCAGAAGCUCCAGUUGUUGCAGACUGUGCAAACCCAAGUACAGUUCCAUCUUCAGCUUCCCCCAGGGAAGAUGUGCAGUGCUGACUACUCUGGCUUACUCCAGGCUUUCCAGAGUUUCAUCCUGGAUGAGUUAAAGGCCCGUGGCUUCUGUCAGAUUCAGGUGAACACUUUUGGGAGUACUGCCUAUUUUCCUGUCUGCGAUGAUUCUACGGUGCAGGUAGAGUGCCUGACUGUGGAACGCCUGGGAGUGAAUGUUACAUGGAGGUCCCAGCUAGAGGACAUCUCGGCAACCUCUCUUCCUGACUUCCAUGAUAUCGAAAAUGCCUUUGUGGGAAAUGACCUUGUUGGACGCUUUGUAAAGCUGAUCCAGAGUGGUGGUUUCCAGCUUCAUUUAGAUUCCAAGACAUUCCCAGCAGACACUACUAUACAAUUCCUCCAAGGGGAUUACUUUGACAUAUCUCCAAGUGUGCAGUUUGGAUGCAAGAAAGGAUUCCAAAAGAACUCACCACCAGCCAAAACAGUUCUGUAUUCACCUGGAUGUGUUGUUUGCCCUGAAGGUAGCUACUUUCUGGGUGAAAAAUGUGUUCCCUGUUCUAUUGGAUUCUACCAAGAGCAGCCAGGCAGCUUGGCUUGUGUCCGCUGUCCCACAGGCAGAUCUACCAUUUCAACUGGAGCUUUCAGCCAAAGUCACUGUGUCACCGACUGUCAGAGGAAUGAACUGGGACUGAAGUGUGAUGAUGAUGGUUCAUACAUUCCUAGCCAGAAAGACCUGAGUGAUGGGAGAUACUUCUGUGUGGACAGCCUUGGAAAGAUGUUGACUUGGACACCAACAGAUGGUCCUUUGACCAAUUCCCAGUGCCUAAUGCUCCGGAAAUUUGAGCGAGUCCCAGAAUAUAAAGUUAUCUUCAAUGCCAAUGAUACUAUGGUGGUUCAAUCUAAAACCGUGAAAGGAGAAUUUCCACUGAUGCAGUGCCUCUCAGACUGUUCUAUCGAUGAAGCUUGCACCUUCUUCACGGUAAUUGGAGCUGGAUCUGAUGCUGUAUGUGAUUUCUAUGCCAGCAUGUAUAUCAACAUCGAUUGUGUAGCUUCCAGUCAGGAACAAGAUGCCCUGGGAAACACUGCUGCCACCAGCUUUGGACAACUGAACUGUCUUCUUAAAGUGAAGAAUGAUGAUAAAGCAUCUGUGACUGUAUAUCUGAAAAAAGGGUAUGAAUUCACCACAUCUGGUCAGAAAACGUAUGAGAAAAUGGAUUUCCAGGAUGCUCUCUCAGGAGUCUACCAGUCCAUCAUGUUCUCAGCUGAUGGAGCGAAUCUGACAGAUACUCACCUCUACUGCCGCCUGGCCUGUGACAGAGAACCCUGCUGUGAUGGCUUCAUCCUCACACAGACUUUGCUCAGAGGAGGUACAAUCCUCUGCAACCUGAUGAGCUCCCCAGAUGUCCUGCUCUGCAAUAAAAAUGACUGGAGGCCAUCUUCAGAGGUCCAGAGCUAUGGUCUAUGUGAUAAUGUGAAGUAUGACCCAAGGAAGAAGCAGUUUACAUUGAGCCUGGGAGGGCAAGAAUUCACAGGAAGUUCAGAGCCUCUUGAAGAAGACCCAAGUCUCUUUACCAGUUUCCAAGAGGUUUAUCUCUGGAAAGAUUCAGAUGUGGCUACUCAGGCAAAGUCUACAGAAUGUAGCCGGGAUACAGUUUCCUUUCAACACAGUUUCUCUUUUUCAGAUUCAACAAUGGAGCUUUUCUCCCAAGUGGACACAGAGCUUGUUCUCAUAGAUGGAAACAGAACUAUGCCCAGCCAACAGUACUGGCUCUUCAAGCUUCAGUUUUCAGUCCAGCAGGCAAAUCUGUGGUGUCUCUCUCGUUGUGCUCAGGAAAACACUUUCUGUCAGCUGGCGGAGGUACAGAACACCAGCAGUGGGGAUUUCAUCUGCACACUCUUCCCGGAAGCUCAGAGAUGUGACAAUUCCCUUACAUUCACACCUGAGAGCUGUACUUUUGUCCUUCCUUACAGGCCACAGACCCUUUUUCACAAAAAAGCUGAAUUGGGAGAUAGAGUGAAGGCAUUUUACACUCGCCUGCCAUUCCAAGUACUGAGGGGGAUUUCUGUACGGAGCAAAAUGCCUAUGACAAGAAAAUCUGUUUCUAAUGGGUUCUUUGAAUGUGAACGAAGGUGUGAUGCUGAUCCCUGCUGCAAAGGCUUUGGCUUCCUCAAUGUUUCCCAGACAGAAGGUGGAGAGGUACUGUGCCUUACUCUGGGCAAUCUAGGAUUCCAGACAUGCAGUGAAGAAACCAAAGGCCCCUGGCGUAUUUCGGACUGUAGCCCUCCUGACAGUGAAAUCAAAACAUAUCCCUUCGGCUGGUAUCAGAACCCUGUGGUUCAGAAUGAUGCUCCUACUGUGUGCCCAUCUGCCCUUCUGCCUCCUCUCCUAGAGAAAGUCUCUUUGGACUCAUGGCAAUCCUUGGAUAUGUCUUCAGUUCUCAUUGAUUCAUCCAUCAUGAAUUUUGAUAUAGCCCAUAUCAGCAUCGAUGCUUCCAGCGACUUUUCUGCUGCUAGAGACCUCUGCCUGUCAGAAUGUUACCAGAAGCCAGCCUGCCACAUCACGACCUUGGAGGUCUGGCCAGCAUCUGUCCGGUGUGUGUUCUAUCCAGAUACCCAGAGCUGCACACACAGCCUACAGGGCCAUAGCUGCUGGCUCUUGCUCCGGGAGGAGGCCACCUACAUUUAUAGGAAAAAAGGUACCUCCACACUGAACUAUACUACAGACCCAGCCACAGUGUUCAUUGCCACCCAAGGGACUCUGAAGGGCAGAUCUGAGGCGAUUAAAGUGGGUGCUGAAUGGAAACGAAUCACCCAGUUCUUUGGAGUUCCGUAUGCAGCCCCACCACUGGCACAAAAGCGAUUCAGUGCACCAGAGUCAUAUAGUUGGACUGGCUCUUGGGAGGCCACUGUGCCACGGGCCAAAUGUUGGCAGCCUGGAUUUGGAAAGGCUUCAUCUCCUACUGCCAGUGAAGACUGUUUGUACCUGAACGUAUUUAUCCCUCAAAACCUUGGUCAGAAUGCAUCAGUGCUAGUGUUCUUCCACAAUACUGGUGAAAAUGGUGGGAGAAGGGAGCAGCUGGACCUGGAAGGAUCAUUCCUGGCUGCAAUUGGUGAUGUCAUUGUGGUCACUGCAAGCUACCGAGUUGGCAUCUUUGGCUUCCUGAGCACUGGAUCCAGUGAGGCUAGUGGAAACUGGGGCCUCUUGGAUCAGGUAGCAGCUCUGACAUGGGUACAGGCUCACAUCUCCAGCUUUGGUGGAGAUCCCCGUCAAGUGUCCGUGGCAGCAGAUCGAGGUGGUGCUGACAUCACCAGCAUCCACCUGCUGACGACCUCUGCUAGCUCAAGACUCUUUAGAAGAGCAGUACUGAUGGGUGGCUCGGUGCUCUCUCCUGCAGCAGCAAUUAGCCAGAAAAGGGCUCAAGAGCAGGCAGCAGCUCUUGCCCAGGAAGUCAGUUGUCCAACCUCUCCUUAUAGUGAUAUGAUGUCCUGCCUCCGCCAGAAACCUGCUGACAUCCUCAAUGAUGCUCAAACCAAGCUCCUGGCAAUAAGUGGCCCAUUUCAUUACUGGGGACCAGUGGUUGAUGGCAUCUAUCUCCAAGAGACUCCAAUCAGAGCAUUGCAACGAUUUCUGAGGGUGAAAGUGGAUCUGCUCAUUGGAAGUGUUCAACGAGAUGGGCUGAUCAACAGAGCAAAAGCCAUUAAGAAAUUUGAAGAAAGUCAAGGCAGAACCAGUAGCAAAACAGCCUUUUACCAAGCUCUUCAGAAUUCCCUGGGAGGAGAGGACUCAGAAACCAGCAUUGAAGCAGCAGCUACAUGGUAUUAUUCCCUUGAGCAUUCAACUGAAGAUUACUCAUCAUUCUCCAGGGCGCUGGAAAAUGCUACCCGAGACUAUUUUAUCAACUGUCCCAUUAUUGACAUGGCCAACCACUGGGCAAGGGAAGCCCGAGGAAACAUCUACAUGUACUACGUGCCUGAAACCUACUCUCAGAACAGCAUGGAGUUGCUAGCUGAUGUUCAAUAUGCCUUUGGACUACCCUUCCAUCCUCAGUAUGAACAGCAGUUUACUCUGGAACAAAAAAGCCUGUCACUGAAAAUAAUGAAGUAUUUCACCAACUUCAUCAAGACAGGAAAUCCCAAUUAUCCUUAUGACUUCUCAAAGAAGGUACUAGAAACUACACCCUUGUGGCCAGAAUUCCUUCCCCACACUAAUGGAGAUAACUAUAAAGAAUUUAGCCCUGGACUUCUGAAUCACCAGGGACUGAAAAAAGCUGAAUGCUCCUUCUGGUCCAAGUACAUCCGGACACUGAAAGCAUCUACAGGUGGAGCUGAGAGCCAGCAGCCCCUGGGAGCAGAAGAGGAUCUUGGCCCUGGGUCUGUGGGGAUCGAGGCACCUUCCAGUGUCCCUGAGCAGGGCCAGAAAAGCUACAGCAAAUGACCAGAAUAUCAUAUUGAGGAUCAAUAACUUACAUUAUGUUUAGCUAUAUCUCACAGCUACGGAGAUCUCGUCUCUGCCCAGUCACUAUACCACACAUCUUUA